AUGGCAAGGGGGAGGGCGAAGAAAAGCGCUCAAAAGAAAAAGACGGGGCCGUCGUCGUCGCCGGUAAAGAAAACUAAAUCCGUUGAUGAAGUGACUGGAGUAGAAGCAAUUAAAAUACCUAGUGUCAUUAAGGAGUAUGAAGAACUGGAGAAGGAGGUUGAAAGGAAUACAAUGGAGUCAUCGAUAAAAACACCUGAGAAUGUGGUUCAAAAGGUGAAUGAAACAGUGGUUCUGACAGAAUGGUUGAAUGUAAUGAAGAGUGCUGAGAAACCAGCAAAUGUGGCGAGGCUCUCCUGGGCUCAAAGAGUGGAGGAUGAUGAAAAACCAACUCAGGUGAAUGAUAAGGUAAAUGAAUCUCACAUUGUAACCAUAGAUUCUGAUGAUAUUCAAGAUGAAGUUGAAUAUUGGACGUCGGCGGUAGUUUGUUAUGUUUUAGGGGCCAAUCCUCCAAUGGCGGUUAUGGAAGGGUUUUUCAAACGUAUAUGGGGUCGAAUGGGGAUCGAUAAGAUAGCAACAUUGGGUAAGGGUAUGUUUAUAGUUCGAUUUAACAAGCUUGAAGAUAGUUUGAAGGUUGUCAAUGAAGGACACCAUUUUUUUGAUCAAAAACCCUUGAUCAUGAAGUUGUGGGAUCCAGAUAUGGAUGUUGACAAAAAUAUGGUUAAAAUGGUGCCAAUAUGGGUGAAGUUUCCUGGAUUGCCAUUUAAAUAUUGGGGUGAAAAAAGUUUGUUCAAAAUUGUGGGCCAAAUGGGGAAGGUGAUACGAAUGGAUGAGGCAACUAAGGCCAGAGAGAGGCUGAGCUAUGCAAGAGUUAUGGUGGAAGUGAGUGUGCAGGACAAAUUACCUGAAAUCAUUCAUUUCUGUAAUGAACAUGGUAGGGUUGUUGAUCAACAGGUUGAAUAUGAAUGGAAGCCUGUUCAGUGUGGUAAGUGUUCCGGAUUUGGUCAUGACACAGAAAAUUGUAGGAAAAAUGAAGGGAAGAAGAUAUGGGUUAAAAAGGCUAUUGUUGAUCAGGAUGGAUUUACAAUGGUGCAGAAACAGAAGGCUGCAACAGUAGUUUCGACUAGUGACAUCCCUGUUCAUAAUACCUUCAUGGUAUUAAAUGAUCAAGAAGUGGAAGGACUGGAGGAACAGAUAACAGAGGACAAUGCUACUGAAAAUAGCAUAGAAGAAGGUCAGAAUGCAGUAAUUGUAGACAAGGAAAGAAAAGAAGAUGAUGUGUCUGGGAAGAGCAUGGAGGUUGAUGAACAUGGGCAAAUGAAGAAGAGGUUGUUUGGCCUUCUUGAAACAAGAGUGAAAGCUCUUAAACUUGGUGAAGUUUAUAACAAUGUUUGUGCUGGAUGGUGUUUUAGUCAUAAUUUAUCAUGUCAUAAGAAUGGUAGAAUCUUAAUUGGGUGGUGCCCUAAUUCCUUUACUGUGGACAUAUUGCAAGUAAAUAGCCAAUAUAUUCACUGUAAGGUUAGGACUCAUGAGGGGAGGGAUUUCAAAUGUACGUUUGUCUAUGGGUUUAAUGAUGCUUACAGUAGAGAAAGUUUAUGGAAUGGGCUUAAAAGGUUGGCUCAGCCUCCUGAUGAACCUUGGGUUUUGUUAGGGGAUUUUAAUGCCCUGAGCAAUGUUGAAGAUAGAAUAGGGUCUAUGGUGAGUAUGGCAGAGAUAAGACCUAUGAUUGACUGUUUGCAAGUCUGUAAGCUGACUGAUGUGCCAUCUACUGGGAGAUAUUUUACCUGGAAUAACAAGCAAGAUGGCCAUAGAAGAGUUUUUUCCAGAAUUGACAGGGUAAUUGCAACACAACAAUGGAUGGAUAGGUAUGAAUUGGCUGUUGCUGUGUUCAUGCCAGAGGGUAGUUAUGACCAUACUCCAGUUGUUUUACAGGUGUACCCUGAGAUACAGAAGAAGAAACCUUUUAGGUUUCACAAUAUGUGGUGCCAUCAUCAGGCACUAAAUGAUGCUGUGCAUCAAGUGUGGAAUACUCAUGUGCAUGGUUGUGCAAUGUACAGGGUGGUCCAAAAGCUUAAACAGGUGAAAAUAGCGUUAAAAGGAUUGAAGAAGGAUGGUUUUGGAGAUGUUGAAGCUACUGUUAUUAAGGCUCAGCAUGAUCUGGAGAAGAAGCAGGAGCAAAUGCAUAAGGAGCCUAGUAACAGUGAUAUUGUUGCUCAGGAAAAGGAGGCCCAGGAGGUAUUGAUGAGAGCUAAGAAAAGUCAAUAUUCUUUCUUGCAGCAAAAAGCUAAAUUGAAAUGGCUUCAAUGUGGUGAUGAAAACACAAAAAUCUUCUAUCAAGCUCUGAAAGAUAGAAGAUCACACAAUAGAGUUUUUUCAAUUCAUGACAGCAAGGGUAAUUGGGUGAAGAGUCAGGAUCAAGUUGAUGAAGCUUUUAUUAGCUAUUACAAGGAGCUAUUUGCUUGUAAAGAGCAAAAGAAGCCAGUGUUGUCAGUUAUUUUGAAUCAUGGGAAGAAAAUAACUAACAGCCAUGUGCAAAUUCUUCAGGAAGCUGUUACUAAGGAGGAUAUCAAGAGAAUCAUGUUUAGUAUUCCUGAUGACAAAUCUCCAGGGGCUGAUGGUUUUAAUAGCAAGUUUUAUAAACAUUGCUGGGAGUAUGUUGGUGAUGAGGUCACUGAAGCUAUACAAGAUUUCUUUAGAACUGGGAAAUUACUUAAAGCAAUAAAUAUAACUACUUUAACCUUGAUCCCAAAGGUUAAAAGCCCUGAAAAUGUCACAGAAUUCAGACCAAUAGCAUGCUGUAACACUUUAUAUAAGUGCAUUACAAAGCUUAUCAGUGAGAAAUUGAAUAAAAUACUGCCUGAAAUCAUUUCUGAUUCUCAAGGUGCUUUUGUGGCUGGAAGGAGUAUUCUGCAUAAUGUGCUUAUCUGUCAAGACUUGGUGAAAAUGUACAAGAGGAAGAGUGUAAGGACAAGUUGCAUGAUGAAGCUUGACUUAAAAAAAGCUUAUGACACCAUUAGCUGGGAGUUCCUGAGGCAGAUGUUGGAAGGUUUAGGUAUGCCUACUUUCUACACUGAGAUGAUCAUGACCUGUGUUACAACUCCUACAUUCUCAAUAAUGUUAAAUGGGGCAAUCACUGGUUUCUUUGGGGCCCAAAGAGGGUUGAGGCAGGGGGACCCAAUGUCUCCUUUGCUGUUUGUUGUAGGAAUGGAUUACCUAGCUAGAACCUUGCAACUUGUUCAUGAACAGGAGGGUUUCAAGUUUCACUCACUGUGUAAGGAAUUGAAGCUUACUCAUUUGUGCUUUGCAGACGAUUUAUUGCUGUUUUGCAAUGGAGACUUUAGAUCUAUUUACUACCUUCUUCAGGGCUUUCAGAUGUUUUCUGAUGCAUCUGGAUUGGAGGUUAACAAACAAAAAUCUGAAAUAUAUUUUGCAGGGGUGAAUGAGAAUGAUAUGCAAAGAGUGGUGGAUGUGAGUGGAUUUGCUAAAGGUGCAUUACCUUUUAGGUAUCUAGGUGUACCUAUUACCACAAGGAAGCUGCAGAAGAGUGAUUGUAAUAUUCUGAUGAGCAAGAUGACUGGAAGAAUAAAAACAUGGAGCUCAAGACACUUAUCAUUUGCUGCAAGAACACAACUUAUCAAUAGUAUGCUUUCUGUGGACUGGCACUAUAAUAACACAAAAGCUGGGGCUAUAGCCUGGAGUGACCUUUGUAAGCCUAAAAAAGCUGGUGGGCUAGCUUUUAGGGAUGUCCUGAAGUGGAAUAUUGCUGCAGUUAGCAAAUUAGCCUGGAGUAUUGCUCAGAAAAAAGACAAUCUAUGGGUUAAGUGGGUGAAUAGCAUCUAUAUCAAAGAAGCAAACUGGAGAGAUUAUGAUGCUUCCAGCACUGCAAGUUGGACUUGGAAAUGUAUUUGUAAGGCUAAAAGAGAGCUAAGUCAGUUGCAGGGGAAUGAUCAGUGGCUUACUCAGAGUUCCUUUAGCAUCAAGAAGCACUAUAUAAACACACUAGGGCAAGCUACUACUCAACAGUGGGCUGCUAGUGUAUGGAAUAGAUAUAGCAUUCCUAAACAUAGGUUUAUCCUUUGGCUUGCUGUCCAGGACAGGUUGAAGACUAGGGAGAGACUCUUCAAAAUUGGUGUUAGUGAGUCAGAUAGAUGUCUGCUAUGCCAACAACAGCCUGAAAAUAGGGAACAUCUAUUUUUUAAUUGCCACUUCACUAAGCAAUGCUUAAAAGAAGUGAUGAACUGGAUGAACUUCAACUGGAAUGGUAGAGGUAUAAGGCAACUCUACAGAAGAAUUAGAGGGCCUAAUGCUGGGAAUAAAUUCAGGAAGAAGGUGAUAAAUGCUGCUAUUGCUGCUGUUGUCUAUUUCAUAUGGAAGAACAGGAAUAGUGCUUAUUGGGAUGAUGUCAUUCAUACUAUAGAUUACACUGUCAAAGCUGUGAAAAAUCUUGUAAAGCUUCGAGUUAGUCAAGUAAUGAGCAGUAAAGUGAACUCUCAUGACCAAGAGUGGUUUGCAACUUUGUGA